AUGCCUUUCGGACUCAAGAAUGUAGGAGCAACAUACAUGAGAGUUAUGACUACCAUUUUUCAUGACAUGAUCCAUAAGGAGAUUGAAGUCUAUGUAGAUGAUGUCAUUAUCAAGUCACAAAAUAGCUCAAAUCACCUCACAGAUUUGAAGAAGUUCUUUGAUAGGUUGAGGCGGUAUAAUCUGAAAUUAAAUCCUGCGAAGUGUGCAUUUGGUGUCCCUGCUGAAAAAUUGUUGGGUUUCAUUGUGAGUAGGAAGGGCAUAGAAUUGGAUCCUUCAAAGAUAAAGGCUAUUCAAGACUUGCCCCCUCUAAAAAGUCGAAAGGAUGUAAUGAGUUUUCUUGGUCGACUAAAUUACAUUAGUCGAUUCAUUACACAGUCGACUAUAAUUUGUGAACCAAUCUUCAAGUUGUUGAGGAAAGAUGCUGCUAUUAAAUGGACUGAAGAUUGUCAACAAGUUUUUGACAAAAUCAAGGAGUACUUAUCUAGUCCACCCGUCUUGGUGCCUCCAAAACCGGGGAGACCAUUACUACUAUAUAUGUCAGUAUCGGACAAUGCAUUUGGAUGUGUGUUAGGACAACAUGAUGAAACUGGGAGGAAAGAACAGAAGGCCAUCAAAGGACAAGAGCUUGCUGAUCAUCUUGCUGAAAACCCUGUGGAUAAAGAAUACGAACCUCUUAAAACUUAUUUCCCUGAUGAAGAGGUGUUAUUUGUUGGAGAGGAUAUUUUAGAAGAAUAUCAUGGGUGGAGGAUGUUCUUUGAUGGUGCUGCAAAUUCUAAAGGAGUCAGUGCUGGGGCAGUGCUUGUCUCAGAAUCAGGUCAACAUUAUCUAGUCUUAGCAAAAUUCAAGUUUCUAUGCACUAACAAUAUGGCGGAGUAUGAGGCUUGUAUUCUUGGACUCAGAAUGGCUGUUGAUAUGAAUAUACAAGAAUUGUUGGUUAUAGGUGACUCAGACUUAUUGAUUCACCAGGUACAAGGCGAAUGGAGCACCAAGAAUGUGAAGAUACUCCCCUAUUUGCAAUGUGUGAAGGAAAUAUGCAAGAAAUUUAUCAAGAUAGAGUUCAGGCAUAUUCCUAGAGCUCAAAAUGAAUUCGCAGAUGCCUUGGCAACCAUGUCUUCUAUGAUUCAACAUCCAGACAAGAAUUACAUAGAUCCAAUCAAAAUCAAUGUGCAGGAUCAACCGGCCUAUUAUUUCCAUAUGGAUGAAGAAAUGGAUGGAGAACCAUGGUACUAUGACAUUGUGAGGUAUCUCAAAGAAGGAGAUUAUCCAGAAGGCAUAAGCAAUAUUCAAAAGAGAACACUGUGGAGGCUUGCAAAUCACUUUUUCUUAAGUGGAGAAAUCCUUUAUAAGAGGACUCUAGAUUUAGGAUUAUUAAGGUGUGUUGACUCCCAACAGGCGAGCAAGUUGAUUGAAGAAAUACAUGGGGGCACAUGUGGGCCACACAUGAAUGGCUUUACUUUGGUGAAGAAGAUUUUGCGAGCCGGAUAUUUCUGGAUGACUAUGGAAAUAUACUGCAUUCGCUUCGUGAGGAAAUGUCAUCAAUGUCAGAUUCAUGGUGAUUUGAUCUGA